AUGCUCUUCACCUCCUGUCAGUCACGCACACCUCCAGCAGGUCCCCCAGCCUGCGGUCCUUGGACCCUCGCUCCAGGGCCACCACCUGGCCGCCGGUCCACGCACCAGCACCGCUGGGACCUCGCCUCCAGCCUCUGCCUGCGGUGCCAGGGUGCGCCGGCCGGCGGCUGUUCUCCCCAGAUUCUGAGCUCAAUUCCCCCCAACCAGCAGCGGUUUCCCCCCUGGAAUGGGAGGGACGUGGAAAUUAACCAAACUCGUAACUCCGAUAGGUCGUUUGAGUUUGAGAACAAGGGUGGCUCCACCCGGGCCGCCGGCGGGGCCACAGCAGGGCAGGGGCCGCCCGCCCGCCGGUCCCCAGCCCCGCUCUCCGACUCUGGGCCCAGACCACCCCCAGGGAACCAGCGCGAGGCCGGGGUCGUCGGAGGGGACCGGCCCCAGCACCUCCCGCCGCGGGCGCCCCUCCAGCCCUGUGGCUCCGGGGGCCGGGGGCCGGUGGGGACGGGGCGCGCGCGGAGCCAGCCUCCGUGCAUCCGCGCCGGCUCCCCACGCCCUCGCCGGGUGCCCGGGGUGGCUCGGGAGCGCCGCGGCCGCGACCCUGGUCUGUGCCACCCCGUACGCGCACGGCCCGGGCCCUCCCCCACCACGCGCCGGCCCCCCCUCACCCUCCCACGCCCUGGGCCCUCCCCCACCACGCCCCGGGCCCUCCCCCACCACGCCCCGGGCCCCUCCCCCGCCACGCGCCGGGCCCUCCCCCACCACGCGCCGGGCCCUCCCCCACCACGCGCCGGGCCCUCCCCCCGCCACGCGCCGGGCGCCGGGCCCUCCCCCACCACGCGCCGGGCCCUCCCCCACCACGCGCCGGACCCUCCCCCACCACGCCCCGGGCCCCUCCCCCACCACGCGCCGGGCCCUCCCCCACCACGCGCCGGGCCCCUCCCCCACCACGCGCCGGGCCCUCCCCCCACCACGCCCCGGGCCCUCCCCCACCACGUGCCGGGCCCCCCCCUCACCCUCCCACGCCCUGGGCCCUCCCCCACCACGCGCCGGGCCCUCCCCCACCACGCCCCGGGCCCUCCCCCCACCACGCGCCGGGCCCUCCCCCACCACGCCCCGGGCCCUCCCCCACCACGUGCCGGGCCCCCCCCUCACCCUCCCACGCCCUGGGCCCUCCCCCACCACGCGCCGGGCCCUCCCCCACCACGCGCCGGGCCCCUCCCCCACCACGCGCCGGGCCCUCCCCCCACCACGCGCCGGGCCCUCCCCCACCACGCCCCGGGCCCUCCCCCACCACGUGCCGGGCCCCCCCCUCACCCUCCCACGCCCUGGGCCCUCCCCCACCACGCGCCGGGCCCUCCCCCACCACGCCCCGGGCCCUCCCCCACCACGCGCCGGGCCCUCCCCCACCACGCCCCGGGCCCCCCCCCUCACCCUCCCGCGCGCUCCCCGGUCUUCGCGCGCCCCCUGGCGCCCGGCGGCUGCUCCCGCAGGCGACUGGGUCCGGCCGGAGCGCGGUGCGCAGCGCCCUCGCGUGGACACGCGCCGUCCCCGCCGUCCCGGCUCCGCGGCCACUCCCGGGCGGGGCGCUCCCGGGCGGCGGCCGCACAUGGCCCGCGGGGACCGGAGAGGGAGGGCGCCGGCCGGGGCCGCUCUAAGUUCCAGGGUUCUAGAAGCUCGGGGGACUGCGAUGGCUCUGUACACGCGGCAUGGAAUUAG